AUGGCCCAACUCGCAGACAGCACUAAACGAUUGGUACACCUUCAAGGUGCAUUAAACUUUCGCGAUGUAGGCGGUUAUAAAACCAAUGAGGGAAAACAGGUGAAAUGGAACAGGGUUUUCCGUAGUGCUUCAAUAGCCGGGCUUACAGAUGCAGAUAUGGAUACGAUCCGUAACAAACACAUUUAUACCGUGGUUGAUUUACGUGGAAACAAGGAAUCAGCUGCAGCGCCAGACCGCCUGUUGAAAGGAACGGAUUAUACCUUAAGCCCUGCCGGAAGUGAUAGCCUUCCUUCAAGUGCCCAAAUGAUCGCUUACCUUAAAAAAGGGGAUUUCCUGGACAGUUUUUACGGCGAUGGGGGAAUCCGCUAUUUUGGGGAGCGUUACAAACCUGUAUUUCAAAAACUGCUCCAGCUAAAAGACACCACCGCCUUACUUUAUCAUUGUACCGGUGGUCGCGACCGCACCGGUAUGGCUACCGCUUUAUUUCUUUAUACACUAGGCGUUCCGCAGGAAACCAUUGAAGCUGAUUUUACCGCUUCUAAUGUUUACCUCUUGCCAAUGAUGGGAAAAAUGUUUGAGCCUAUGGCUAAGGCUACAGGAAUGAGCGGUGAAGAAAUCAAAAAGAAAAUGGACCUGCGUCCGGAGCUGCUGCAAAUAUUCUUCAAAUCAAUUGAAAAAAAGUACGGCAGUAUUGAGAAUUUCAUGGAAAAAGAAAUGGGUAUUGGUAAAAAAGAACGCGCCAUUUUACGGAAGAAAUAUACUUCAUAA